AUGGCUAGAAUCUGCCGCAGGGCCCGAACAAUCAUGGCAGUCAUAACGGAAAAUGGAGAUUUUCCGUCGACAAUGUCAGUAAACACAAUCAAUACAAAAUGUAAAGACACAAAUAACGAAGAAAAAGGGUAUGACCCGUUUCAAAAUCGUAAUCUGGAUCAGCCGAAUUCAGAUAUAAGAUCAUUUGCCAAUCUUCUCAAGUCGUCAUUAGGAUCCGGUAUAUUGGCUAUGCCAGCUGCUUUUAAAAAUGCUGGAUCCAUCGUCGGUAUCUUUGGUACAAUUAUACUGGGAUACAUUUGCACACAUUGCGUCUAUUUACUGGUAAAAACGUCACAAGAUGUAUCGAGGGUGUCAAAAGUACCUUCCCUGGGAUAUGCGGAAACAGUUGAAGCUGUGUUCGCUACGGGACCACGACCUUUGCGGAAAAUCUCAACAGCUACCAGGAUAUUUAUAGACUGGGCGAUGGCUCUGACAAUUCUUGGCGCUUGUGCAGUGUAUGUUAUAUUACUCGUCGACUCAGUUCAACAGAUCGUCGACUUCUACUAUGAACACAACAGUUUGAACAAAGGGAUGUACUGCCUUAUGUUUUUAGUACCAAUUCUAAUUUUUACUCAAAUCAAGAGUCUUAAAUACAUAGCGCCGUUCUCGGGAUUUGCCAACAUUUUGCUGGUGGUGACAUUUUUAAUUUGCCUGUAUUAUAUCUGCGAUGAAUUCCCCCAUUUUGAUUCACAACCAAAAUCUAUUGAUAUUCAACGAUUGCCAUUAUUUAUUGGGACUGUUAUAUUUGCAAUGGAAGGUAUCGGCGUAGUAUUGCCUGUGGAAAAUACAAUGGCUAAACCACAGCAUUUUCUUGGAUGUCCUGGAGUUUUAAAUAUAACCAUGACGAUUGUAGUUCUUCUUUACAUGAUUAUGGGCAUUUUGGGUUAUUUGAAAUAUGGAGAACACGCAGCCGGUAGCAUAACAUUGAACUUGCCAACAAAAGAAAUACCAGCUCUCAUGGCAAAAGUAUUUAUAACGUUAGCGAUAUUCUUCACGUACAUUUUGCAAUUCUACGUACCGAUGGAAAUUGUAUGGCGUAAUAUUAAACACAGAGUAACGCAAAAAUACCAUAACCCUGCACAAGCUAUUAUGCGAGCUGUAUUUGCAGCAUUGACGGUUGCCGCAGCAGCAACACUUCCUCGUUUGGAACAAGUGAUAGGACUGGAAGGCGCAUUUUUCUAUUCCUUUCUAGGGCUGAUCGCGCCCUCACUUAUAGACCUUAUAUUCCGAUGGGAAAGGGGCCUUGGGUCAUACAACUAUGUCAUGUAUAAGGACGCAUCUCUAAUUAUCUUUGGAAUAUUCGUUCUUGUAACGGGAGUGACACAGAGUAUUAGAGAAAUAAUGAGGACACUUUAA